UUUUGUUAGUAUUCAAAGACCGUUUAAGUGCCUUAAAAUAGAUGCACGGACUUUUGUGACUUCAUUUUAACCCAAAACGAUCAGUUAAGAAGCGGAACAGAACAGAAAAAAUACCAAAAUGAAAUUUACAUAAAAGAUAGACUGUCAGAUCGCCAAGUAAUUAUCCACCAUCGUUACGCCUUGCCAUUCGAGCCACGGCUGCAUUGUUGUUGUUGUUGUUCAGCUUUCUAACCGAGGAGAAGGAAAGAGGAGAAUGUAUAAAUGACAAACACCCAUUAAUCACUCUUUCACCUUCUUCUCUUCAUCGCCUCCUCGUCAUUUUUCAUCAUGCCAAUCUCACCUAGUCCCGGUAAAAAAAAUUGGGAUUCAGAUGCUGUACAUGGUCAAACAACAGAAGAUCAUCCAAAAGGCGAAUCUUCUUCAAAUUAUCAACCUUCAGCAAGAGAAAGAUUGGCAAGUUUAGCAUCACAAUUGGUACCACAAGGAAGAACGGAAUAUGAUUAUAUCAUCGUAGGAGGAGGUACUGCAGGUGCUGUUUUAGCAAACAGGUUAACACAAGAUCGUAAUGUUAGCGUGGCAGUGAUCGAAGGUGGUCCAACGGACGUAGGAAACGAUAAAGUGUUGGAUUUGAGCAGAUGGCUAGAGAUGCUAGGAUCAGAAUUAGACUAUGAUUAUCCAACUACACAACAACCAAGAGGAAAUUCAUUCAUUCGUCAUUCCCGUGCUCGUGUUUUAGGAGGAUGCUCUUCGCAUAAUACCUUGAUCUCUUUUAGACCGUUCAAUGCGGAUCUGGAUCUAUGGGCUUCUUAUUAUGGCUGUCCUAGUUGGCAUUCAUCCCAAAUUCAACCUUAUGGAGAUCGCUUGAAGAUGAACAUUAUCCCAAUAGCACCACAACAACGUAAUCAAGUCGCUCGUGAUUGGGUAGAAGCUUCAGCAAGUGUCACAGGUGCACCUAAAAUUGCAGAUUUCAACGCUCAAAUCGCUCAUCGUGGAGGAUUUACAGAAGGUGUAGGAUUCUUCAAUAUUGCCUAUGAUCCCUACAACGGUAAUCGCAGUAGUGCAAGUGUCGCUUAUCUUCAUCCAAUCAUGCCUCACGGACCUCAUAGAAGAGACAAUCUACAUCUCUUCUUGGAAACAUGGGCUCGCCAUUUAAUCUUUGAUGAAAAAGAUGAGAAACAUGUCAGAGGAGUUGCUGUUCGAAGCAAAUAUGGAUUGGAGAAGACCUUGACGGCAAAGAAGGAAGUGAUCCUAUGCGCUGGAGCAGUCGAUACACCCAGAUUGAUGUUGCUAUCUGGUAUUGGAUCAAGGUCGGAUUUGGACAAAAUUGGCAUUCCAGUCAAGCAUGAACUUUCUGGUGUUGGUGAAAACCUACACGAUCAUCCUGAAUCAAUCAUUAUUUGGGAAACACGGGAUACGCCACCAGAAACUGUCAUGUCAAGUGACGCAGGAUUGUUCUUAAAAGUGUUGAAGGACAAAGAACCUUUUGGUAUGGAAAAUGUACCUGAUUUGAUGUUCCACAUCUAUCAAGUGCCCUUCUGUGACAACACAAAGAGACUAGGCUAUCCUGUUCCCGAUCAUGCAAUUUGCAUGACUCCAAACAUUUGUCGAUCACAAGCACGCGGGAAGUUGAGUUUAGCAAGUGCUGAUCCGAACGAGAAGCCGUUGUUAGACUUCAAGUAUUUCGAAGAUAAAGAUGAUUAUGACGCACAAAUCUUGGUCGAAGGAAUGAAAUGGGCAAGAAAGAUUGCCGAACAAUCACCGUUCAAAGAACAUUUGGUACGUGAAAUCGCACCUGGACCUGACGUUCAAUCUGAUGAAGCAUUAUCGGAAUAUGCAAGAAGGGCUGCUCAUACAGUUUAUCAUCCUGCGGGAACGUGUAAGAUGGGAACGUAUGAAAAAGAUGAAAAGGUGGUUGUGAACGAGAAGGAUUUACGCGUGGUUGGUUUGAAGGGAGUUCGAGUUUGUGAUGCAAGUGUUUUACCAAUCUUACCAACUAUCAAUCCAAUGUUAACAAUCUUAAUGGUUGCCGAACGUGCUGCUGAUAUCUUGAUCACAGACUCAUGGGCACAAGAAGAAGGCAAACGUCGUCAACAAUGGCCUUAAGGGCAAAUAAUAAUUUACCUCAUUGGAUUUUUGCUAGAAUGCACAUAUACAUACAUAUCUCUCCUAAUCUGUAUAUCUCAUGGAAAUUGUAAAGGACUUCAAAGUGGCAAUGUGUUCCAAGGGAGCGGAAUGAUAGACUAUAUUCGAAUAGUGGUAGGAACACCUUAAGCAAAACUUAACUCAAAAAUACUCUCUCUAUACAUCUCAUGGAAAAUUAAAAUAGCUUCUGGAUGUGAAAUAAAGCCGCCGGCACUGAUUAUAGAGACACUAGUAUAGGCUUAGAUCCUUUUACGUUUGUGCAUGAAUUACCAUUAACGGGAAAGAGGUCAUUCAGAUCGAUUGAUAAAGAUG